AUGUCAACUUGCAUUUCUGAUGAUUCAAAUUCAAUAAUUGGUAUCCCUGUAUCACAAGUGAAUUAUUUUUGUACUUAUUGUCAAGAUGAAAUCUCAAGUUUUCCAUGUCAAUCAAAUAAUGCUUACAACUCAAUGAUUAUUUUUAUCCGUUGUACAAUUUGUGAAGAAUUUUUUCUUUGUUUAAUGUGUUUUUCUAGCGGGGCUGAAAUUGGCCUCCAUAAGAAUUACCACGAUUAUAAAUUAGUUACAGUUUUUAAAUCAAGUACUUUUUCAACAAAACUUUUGGAUGCUUUAGAAGAGUGGAUUUCUGAAGACACUGAAAAACAUUUAGGAUCAAAAAAACUUGUAGAUAGUUGGGAAGAUGUUGCAAGUGUAGUUGGAUCCGAAUAUCCUGAAGAUGUAAAAAAAGAAUAUUAUGAUACUUUUGUCAAUGGUUAUUUUGGUCAAAACAUUAUUAAACUAGUUAAUAAACAUAUAGGAAAUCCUCAAGUUGUGACAUUAGAUCAAGCCAUAGCAAUGGGUUGUUUGGAAAAUUGUCCUAUUUAUUUUCCAACACGUAAAUAUUUAAAAAUUCCAGCAGAUAGAGAAAAAGAAGAAGAUUAUGAAAUUCUAGAGGAAAAUAUUAGAUAUAAUCGAUAUAAUAAUCAGGAUCUGACAAUGCAAAAUAAGAAUACAUUCGAUAGUUACCAAGUACAAUUGUUAUUGCAAUGUGCUGGAGAAUUUGGCUAUGGCAAUUGGGAAGAUAUGUGUAAGCAAUAUAAUACAAUUAUACACAUGGAAUAUCCAAGAGGAAAACGCACAUAUUUAUCAGCAAUGAAAAUUAAAGAGGAAUAUGUACUCCGUUUUAUUCAAAAUCCUAUUUUGCGUGGAACUUGGUUACCAUCCUCAAUUACAAGACCUCAAAUACCUGAUCGAACAAAACGUAUUGAAGGACCUAGAUGCGAAUAUGAACAUGUUUUGAAAAAACAACUUCCUAUUGAAGAUUUGGAUAUUUUUUUUUAUCCACCUGCACUAGAUGAUGUAGAUGAAUACAAAUGUACAAUUGAAGAACAAAAAAUUGUAGUAGAUGAAUCAGCUGAAACCAAAAGGAAGUGUUUAGUUUGUACAUACUGUCAAGAUGAAUUUGAAGUUAUUGGUUAUCGAACUGACAGCCAUAAAUUUUCGAAUUACAAAUUAAUUACUGUAUAUACCUGUUGCUCAAAUAAACAGACUUGUGAAAAUUUUUAUUUAUGUCUAGUGUGUUUUGCAAGUGGAGCUGAAAUUGGAAAACAUAAAAAUAGUCAUGGCUAUACUUUGAUAACUGAAGUGAAAACUUAUUCUAGUGAUGUUUAUUUUCAAGGAUCCAAUUGGACUGCUAUAGAAGAGUUAUCAUUUUUAUAUGCCUUAGAAGAGUGGUUAAGUGAGCACUCUGAUAAAUACAUAGAUCCAUUAAAUUCUGAAAAUUGUAUUACAGAUUGGGAUUCUGUUGCUCAACAUAUAAGAUCAAAAAAUGUUUAUGAAGCAAAAUCAGAGUUUGAAAAUUUAAUUUUAAAUCAAAGAAUUUGGCAAUUUCUUGAAACAUAUGCCCAUGUUGAACCUUUAAUUACAUAUGAAGAUGCAGUUGAGAUGGGAUGUUUCAAAACUUCUAAUAAAACUUCAAAUAUAAUAACAGAUACAGGAGAAGGAAUUAUAGUAAAUGAAAAAAAUAUAUGGAAUAAAUCAGAUUUAGAGUUAUUAUUAGAUUACACGGCUAUUUAUGGUUAUGGUAAUUGGGAAAAAAUUUCAGAAGAAUUCAAUAAAACUAAUUUUUAUGAACAUUUUGGAAAAGUUAAUCAUUUUAUUAUAAGAACUCCUGAAGAAAUAAAAAAAGAGUAUUUACUUCGAUACUUUGAUGAUCCAAUAAGGCGAGGAACUUGGAAGCCACCAUUAAAUAAGCCAAUUAUUUUAGAUCGUACAUGGUUUUUUAAACAACCUGUUGAAUUGAAGUAUCCUGUAGUGGAUCAUAAUUUAUUUGCUGAUACUAGUUAUAAUUACAUUACUGAUGAAUUUGAAUAUCCUUACAUGAAUAUUGCUGAAUCUGCCUUGGACAAUGUGGAAGAUUUUGAAACUAAUUUAGAUUUUUAUCAUUCAAAACUUUCUAUGGAAAAAUAUAAUGGCAUUACUAAAGAUAUGAUGGAUACUAAAGAUACCUUUAAAUCAAAAGAUCCAUGUACGAGCACAGUGUUCAAUAUUAAAAAAGUAAAAGCAUUAAUUGCUUUAGAACGGUAUAAUGAUAUUUUGUGGGAUCGAAGAAUAGCUAAAAAAUGUGUUCACAACUAUAGAUUGAUUGAACAUUUUGCUAUGUACAAAAAUAAAGAUAUACCAAAAAUAAAACAAUUUUCUGAACAAACUUUUGUGGAGCGUUUAGUGAAAAUGUCAAGAUUUAUGAAUAUUGACUCUCAUAGGGCCUUGAUUGAAGGUGUAAAGAAUGAAAAACUGCUGAGACUGCGAUUAAAUGAAUUAACAUAUUACAAAAAGAUAGGUUUAACAAAACUAUCUGAACUCAAUAAGUUCAAUAAAUUACAAAAACAUAGAUGUCAAAAAGUUAGUGAAAUUUUUAAACUGUCAGCACUUCUUCAUACUGAAGAUUCAUUGGAUCUUGGAUUUCAAACAUUUAAUGAACUUCUAAUUCCUUCAGGAUCUAAUGGAAAUGGUUAUGUUCGAAAUACAACUUAA